UUACUAUAAAAUGGCAAAACGAUCGCGAUACUUUUAGACUUUUCACGCCCAGGCGCAGCCACGUGCACUGGCACAUCGGUGUACACCGCGGCACCGAAAUCAUCUGCCUGCUUGCCCACCUGUCGGCCACCAGCCUAACCGAAAACCACUGCAACACCAUCCGCCACGUGAAUACGUUCAACUGCAGGCGACACAAUGCAAUGCAAACUCCUCGUCUUCCUGUGGAUAUGCUGCUGCGCCCACGCGUUGCCGCGAUUGGUACCUCAAAACAAUGUGAAGAAUCUGCCAUCAUCGAAUGUUCAAGUGCACUAUAACAUUACAAACAGUCAGAUCAACAACCUGAGGCCAAUAGAAGAAACGUCUUAUAUCGACUUCAUUCCAACACCUUCGUUUCCCUCAAAAAGGCCGAACGUCUGUGACAAUUGUGUUUGUGGGGUGGGCAGGAAAAUCAGGAUCGUCGGUGGAAACGUGGCCAGCGUCUACGAGUACCCGUGGAUGGUUAGCAUGAGCAAACAAGGUACAUUUUAUUGUGCCGGAAGCUUAAUCACGCGGAGGCACGUACUCACAGCAGCACAUUGCAUGGCGGGGUUCGACAGGAGAGGCAUCAAGCUUGUUUUGGCCGACAGCAACCGUCCAAAUCUAAACAAAGACGCUGUAGUUCGUCGCAUCAAAUCAGUUACUAUCCACGAGAACUUCCACGCGUAUACCUAUAACAACGAUAUUGCUAUCAUCGAAAUGGAUCGACCCGUGGAUGUAAAUGGUAUCGUGAGAACUGCUUGUUUACCCGAAGACAAAGCUAUCGACUACACGGGGGCAACAGCUACGGUGGUUGGUUGGGGGCGAACCGGUGAGGACGAACCUGUUAGUGAUGAGUUACGAAAAGUCAAUCUUCCAAUUUUGUCCCAGGAAGAGUGCGAUGAAUCAGGGUAUCAGAAGAACCGUAUCACCGAGAACAUGUUCUGCGCUGGUUAUUUGGACGGCAAACUUGAUGCUUGUUUCGGUGACAGCGGUGGACCCCUUCAUGUAAAAGGAACGUAUGGCCAUCUUGAAGUCGUAGGAAUAAUUUCGUGGGGACGUGGUUGCGCCAGACCUAACUUGCCAGGAAUUUACACGAAACUGACCAACUAUCUCGGUUGGCUCAAAGAUCAUCUCGAUGGCGAGUGCGUGUGUCCACCACCUCGAUCCUACGUAGUGGAAGUAACGGCAGCUGACAAAACGAGUGUAGAAGUUUUUCGUCGAAUGUCAACUGUCGAUCAGAACAUGACUUUGGGGUCGACACCACGAAAAAAUUGGAUCCUGGCUGCGAUCCUCUUACUACUCGUCCAUGUUCGCAGCAUGGACGUUAGAUUUCUGAAGGACGAUUCUCUGGCGAGUACUAAUUACACUUGGACGAAUUCAACGCAGAAUCGGAAAGGAAAAUUCCUGUUCGACGAAUUAUUUGGCUUUGACAUAUCUACUGAUUCGGAUGCAGACGACGAAGCCGUACGGAACUGUACCUGCGAGUGCGGUGUGUCCAAUCAAGAGGAUCGAAUCGUCGGCGGAAGACCCACAACCCCGAACAAAUAUCCCUGGGUGGCGCGGCUCGUGUACGACGGUCGAUUUCAUUGCGGAGCCAGUCUUAUUAACAACGAUUACGUUCUUACUGCGGCUCACUGUGUGCGUAGAUUGAAACGAUCAAAAAUGCGCGUAGUGCUCGGAGAUUACGACCAGCACGUAACCACCGAUGGACGAGCAGUGAUGAGAGCAGUGAGCGCCGUGAUUCGUCACAGGAACUUCGACAUGAACUCCUACAAUCACGACGUCGCCUUGCUGAGGCUUCGAAAGUCGGUGAAAUUUUCCAAAAGCAUUAAGCCAGUGUGUUUGCCGCAAAAGGGCACAGAUCCAGCUGGUAAAGAGGGAACCGUGGUCGGUUGGGGUCGAACAAGCGAGGGAGGAAUGCUGGCAGGAAUAGUUAACGAAGUACAAGUACCGAUAUUGAGCUUAUCGCAGUGCCGCAUGAUGAAAUAUCGAGCUAAUCGUAUCACUGAUAACAUGCUUUGCGCUGGUCGCGGUAGCCAGGAUUCCUGUCAAGGUGACAGCGGCGGUCCUCUUCUUGUGCACGAAGGCGACAGACUCGAAAUUGUUGGUAUAGUUUCAUGGGGUGUUGGGUGCGGAAGGCCAGGAUAUCCUGGAGUGUACACCAGGGUAACCAGAUAUCUCAAAUGGAUCAAUAUCAACAUGAAACAAGGAUGCAUAUGCUCUCAUUAAAAAUAAUUAACUUAUGGCCCAGAGUUGAAAGAAUGCUUUCGAGUUUGUACAUACAUAUACAUUUAAACAGGAAUUAUUUAAGAAGCCCGAAAUAAUUGGAAACACUUACUCAUACCAAGAAUGGUUAGUAGGUUUUGUUUAUAAUCGUCGUAUUUCUUGUUAAAUAAUUUAACAAUAAAUGCGAAUUUACCCAAAUGCGAUCGAAUAGUAAGUUAUCCGUAAAAUAGAAGAGCUCGCAUUGGCUACUGACUUAACAAAUUAGAAACCUGAUGAAAACUUACACGAAAUCGUUCAUUAUACUGUAACUAGCAGAGUUCAUCGUACAUUUUGCCAAGUGAUCACUUAAUAUUGUAGUAUUAUACAUAGUGUAUAUAGUUUUAUAGAUUGUAAAGUUAUGGUAACUAUUUAGUUUAAACAAUGUUAUUAGCAGACCUGGUAUUCUAUCAGUAAGUUAAGUACUUAAGUUCCUUGUGGUAUAGAAGUUAUUAAUGCUCUCACAUGUAAAUAAAUAAAAG